GGUCAUCAGUUAAUCGGUUACGUUCGCUCGGUGCACCUCUCAAGCUCUCCGUUGUUGGUUUAGUGACCCCAGUGAAGAUGAAACCCUUUGCCUUCGUUGUUCUGGCUGCUCUCAGCUUGGUGGUGGUGGUGAGCGGACGUCCGGGUGCCCAGUAUUUGCCACCUCUGCCGGUGAAGGAGGUGUCCGCCGCACCCAGCUACCAGCAGGUGGUGCAGCCCCAGGUGCAGAGCCAGGUGCAGCAGGUGCUCCACUCGCAGAUCCACAUUCAGCCGCAGAUCCAGCCCCAAGUGGAGUCCAUCAGAGCUUCCAUUCCGCUGGCCAGCUUCACCAUUCAGUCGGGCGGACAGCAGCAGCAGCAGUACCAGAGUGCUCCGGCACCAGUUCCGGUUUCCAUUCCUGCCCCAGCUCCAAUUUCUAUUCCUGCUCCCGCUCCCGUUUCCAUUCCUGCUCCUGCUCCCGUUUCCCUACCCGCUCCCGUGGAGAUCCAACAGCCAGCUCCCCAGGUGAUCUACGAGGCACCCAAGCCCAUUUUGGCCACCCAGACGGCGGUGAAGAACGCCUACCUGCCACCCACUCCCGUCCAGCAGUUCGUGCCCGCUCCGGAACCAGUGGUUGAGACCAUUGCACCACAGCAGGAGACCAUUACCACCACCUACACUGCUCCCGCUCCAGUUGCAGUGCCUGCGGUCUAUGAACAACAUCAGGUGGUGCAGCAAACCUACUCCGCUCCUGCUCCAGUGGUUCAACAAACUUACUCUGCUCCCGCUCCAGUGGUUCAGCAGACAUAUUCCGCUCCGGCUCCAGUGGUUCAGGAACAAGUUUACAGUGCUCCAGCGCCAGUGGUUCAGCAAACUUACUCCGCUCCCGCUCCAGUGGUUCAGGAACAGACCUACUCCGCACCAGCUCCAGUGGUUCAGCAGACUUACUCCGCUCCGGCUCCCGCUCCAGUGGUUCAAGAACAAGUGUACACUGCUCCAGCUCCCGCUCCAGUGGUUCAGCAGACCUACUCCGCUCCCGCUCCGGUGGUUCAGGAACAGCCUCAGGUGGUUCAGCAGACUUACAGUGCACCAGCUCCCGCUCCAGUUGUUGAGCAGGCGUACUCCUACCCAGCUCCAGUGGUUCAGCAGGCUCCCGUUAUUCAGCAAGCUCCUGUAAUUCAGCAGGCUCCAGCUCCAGUGGUUCAGGAAGUGGUUCAGCAAGCUCCAGCUCCAGUGGAUCAGCAAACUUACACUGCUCCCGCUCCGAUUGUUCAGCAAGCUCCAGCUCCAGUGGUUCAGGAAGUUAUUCAGCAGGCUCCCGUUAUUCAGCAGACUUACUCUGCUCCCGCUCCAGUGGUUCAGGAAGUGGUUCAGCAAGCCCCGGCAGUUCAGGAAAUCGUUCAGCAAGCUCCAGUGGUUCAGCAGACUUACUCCGCACCCGCUCCAGUGGUUCAGGAGGUCAUUCAGCAGGCUCCAGCUCCUGUGGUUCAGCAGACCUACUCCGCUUCGGCGCCCGUUUCGAUCCCUGAACCAAUUCAGCAGAUCGUGCAGCAGCCGCAGUACAGUGGUUACUCCUACCAGUCACCCCAGCCAGCUCCAGUUCAGGUUUCCCUUCCAGCUCCAGCUCCCGUGGUGAUCCCAGCUCCUGCUCCUGCUCCCGCUCCCAUUUCCAUUUCUGCUCCUGCUCCUGCUCCCAUUUCCAUCCCUGCUCCUGCUCCUGCUCCCAUCCAGCUGCAGCAAUCCUUUGUGCCCGCACCACCGGCACCCAUCCAAGUGCAGCAGCCAGCCCAGCCCAUUGUACAGUACAACCCACCAGCGGUGCAACAGCAGCAGCAGAUCUCCUAUGCUCCCGCUCCCGCUCCAGUUGCAGUUUCAAUCCCUGCUCCUGCUCCUGCUCCCGUUUCCGUUCCCAUUGUCCAGAAGACUGAGAUCGUGAGUGCUCCCGCUCCUGCUCCAGUUUCCGUGGAGAUCGGAACGAGCUACGCCGCCAACGGUGGAUACCUGUACAAGUAGGCGGAUGCCAGUGAAAGGACCCCGGCGGAAGUCCGAACUCGCAUCGAGUUGGGCAACCGAACAUCGAUCGCUGAUCGGUUCAUCUGAACUUAGUGUUACGUAGCCAAUUUCUAGCACCUUUUUUUCGUUAUACAAAUUUU